GGAGCAUCUGGGCUUCUGGUGGCGCCUGCCCAUGGGAGCAGUUGGAAAAAGACCAAUUUCAGCCACCUCCUCGGUGAGGUGUUUUUGUUAGCGCCGCUUCAUCCAGCUCCCGGCCGUGCCCGCGCUGGCAGCGGGCGUGCGAAGUUCCCAAACCUCCCCGCCAGCAACCAGAGCUGCAGCCGCCUGCGUGAGCGAGGCUCGGGCACAUGAGGGGACCGAACCGCAGCGGGGUCGGGUGGUCAAAGUCCCGCAUCACACGCGUGUCGGGGCUGGGGAGGGAGCUUUGCGAGCCGCUGGUUUGCGAGCUCCUGCUCUAACCACUAAGUGCACAAUUUGUUGCUCGAUGCCUCCUCAGGCAGCACUGGCAGUGUAGCUGAGUGUCUGUGAACUUGCCUAAAAGGCUGCUUGAAAGUUUCCGCCGGGGCAGAGUUCUGGAGUCCUCCCGUCAGAUGCUUUUCCUACCCCCCGACAUUCCUCUGCCUCUCUCUGGCGAUGCUGUUUUGCUUCCAGAAGGAGGUAUGGCUGCCUGCUUCCGCUGCUCUUAAGGUGCCUCACCUGAGCUUCCCAUCCCUUCCCUUCCUUCUGGCUGACACUUGUGGCCGUACCCAAGGCCCUGCUGAACCCAAACGAGGUGCAGCACUGCCAUGCUCAGCACUGCCCGAUGAGCUCUGUGGCCCUGCCGGUAUUGCCCUGCAUGCAUUCUGUUUUCCUCUCUGUUUCCCUGCUGACAACCCCGUUCAUCAUCGGCCCCACGCACAAACGAGGUUAGCUCCGGUUCAGAUUGCAUUAGUGCAGUUCUGCUUCCCGCUGCUCCUCGCUGGGAUCCUGUUUUUUGGGCGUGUGCACGUGUAAGGCGGGCAUGGAGCAAUGUGAACGCUCAAAAUAAAGGCGUGUGUAUUUCAGAAGGGGAAGAGCGGGAGCCAAGGGAUUCUUUGGGUCCAGCAGUUGUUCAAGGCCUGAUCCCUGUGGUCUUCCUGCAGCUAGAAUGCCUCCUGGGGCAGUGGGAAGGCCCAUUGCUCCCUGUCAGUGUCUCAGGAUGCUGAAGGUGCCGAUUUUUACGUAAAUACUGGUUUGUAUCAGCCCCUCUGGUAGGGAAGGGGAUGCUCUGCGGAGUUGCAGAGGCCUGAAAUGUUGGGUACGUGCAUUUUCAUCCCUUGCCCAGUUGUCUUGAACAGAUCCCGUCAUACAUCUGCUUCAGUCUAAUGGUUUGUGUAAGCAAAGUAAUGAGUAAAGGUGAUUAAUCAGGGGCUUAGAGAUCUCUCAGGAAAGGCAUCAUGGAAACAAUGCAGCUAUGUGCCCUCUGUAGAGCCAGAGGAGCAACAAAGUAUUGUGAGAACAACCGAAUCAGUGCAGAGAAUUGUGUGGCAGGAUAUAAAAGAUCAAUCUAUAAAACAGAAGCUGAUAAUAUGCAAAAGUCUUUAUUUGAGUUUUAUAUUUGGCAGAGGUAGAGGUCUGACUAUGGCAAACCAAAUAAAGAUCACCAUAUUCUAAACCCACGUUUGAGGAAAUGAACCCCAAGCAUACAAAAGCGUUGACUUCAGGUGUUGUUAAGGGUUUGAAUGCUUCUCCCCACCUUUUCAGGGGUUUUCCUGCCUGGUUCAUGGUCCAAGCCUUACACUUAGGCGUGUGUUGGAGGAGGAGGAUCCAGAGGCAGAGCUGUGGUGUAACUCAGGGCUGUGCUGAAGGUGCAGUGCUGUCACAGGAACGGAAAGGGAGCACAGAUGGCUUAGCACAGCUGGGACACUGACCUGUACUUUAUAGAGAACUUAUGGAAACUGUAAAGGAAACACUUUUGACAUGUGAGAGCACAGGAGCUCUCAUGUGCCAAGUCUAUCCUAUUAACUUCUCUGAAAUAAAUGAUGUUUAGAAGCAGCUCCAGGUCCUCUAAGCAGUCUGGAGCAUCCCACCUAAUCCGCUGGGGCCAGGGCACAGCAGAUACUUGCACCUCUGCACCCGGCAGUCUCCCAAGCUGUGCUUCUAGCACCUUUCCCCAGCAUGCGUUCAUUUUUAGAGGAACAAAUAGACAGGUUGUCAGAGCUGCUAAGGUCACAACAGAGCUUCUGUUGGUUGCAUCCACAUCCUGGUAUUGAGGCCUGGGUCACAAAUUCUUAUGUUAGGCCAUAAGGCCAAGCAAUUUCAGCUGUUUUUAAUAUGCAGUUAAGUUGAUGAGUGGCACCUGGUGCACGUAACCAGCUAGCCCUGCUGAGGGGCCUUCCCCAAAGCUCCCACCUGCAGUCACUUUGAAUUGCUUGCGUGUCUCUGGGGGCACGCUUGUGUGCUCAGGGAGUUUUCCCAGUCUGUUCUUUGAGGGGAAUUUACAGGUUACUUUUACAAAAGUCUGAUGCUCAAAUGACUUGCUCGCAGUGAACAGCAGACCUCUUUCAGCCCAUGACCACCACCAAAAAAGCAAGCUCAAGCUCAACACACCUUCAGAAGACUCCCUGACAUGGGUGUGCUGUGUCGGGGAGAGCACAGUCUUGGUUCAGACCUGCUAAACAUGUUGCUUGUGUGGUAAAGAUGUGCCAAGUACAUGUGUACAUAAAAAUUCCCGUGGUCUCCUCCCUCAGCUGAGCUGAUGCCUGCAAUGAAAGUGGCUUCCUGCAGUCUCCCACGCUGCACGCAUCACCUGUGAGCUCCGUGCCACUCAUUUCUUAUAAAGUUGAAAGGUUUUUUGUAGUCUUGGGGUUUAGUAAUUCUGUAAUCAGUUUGUAGGCGUUAGAGCUUCCGUGUCUGUCUAACGCAGCAGCCUCGCAGAGGUUUGUGGAACACUACUCUGCGUGUGAUCUUGAUAGCUCGCUGCUUUUUUUUUUUUCACUCAAUAGCAGUUGUGUGUUGUAAACACCAGAGCUGUGGUUGAUAAGUUUAUAGGAGGAGAUGUGUGUUAGUGUGUUUUGUGUUGACUGCUGGCUCACUAAAUACCACCCAGGUAAUUUCAAAUGUGUCUGCUACGUUCUGCAUAGGUUUGCCUUUCUGUGCGCUGCACGUUCCUCAGUGUGCUACGAAUUCAAAACGUGUAUCAUGCCUACAUGCAUUACAUGGCAUCCGGUAACGUAAGGGUUUUAUGAUGGACUCAUCCCAUCUGCAUCUCAGCUCUGUCUUGGCCAUCUCUCCUCUUUGGGAAAAACACACAUUUAGUACCUUCACAUUAAAGCAAGGUGAGACCUUAGGGAGGGCAAAGCAGUCUGUAGCUUUCCUGUAGAAUAAUCACUUGAGGCAAAGAGGGAGAGGAAGCAAAGGAUUCAUCCUCACCUGGAAUUUUGUCUCAUAAUUAUUUUCCUCUGCCUCUUUUUCUGCCCAGGGAUGGGGAGGUCUGGGCAUUGUAAGAUGGAUUCGUUGCCCAUACGGCUCUCAGUAAGGCAGUGAUUAGCACCAGUGGAUACGCCUUUCCUGAUUCCCUGGAAAUGGGCCGACUCCACAUCCCAAAAUUACUGAGGGAUUGAGGAGCAGGUGUCCACUACUAAUAAUUUUUGCUGCUGCUUGGACCGGGCUGAACCAGAGCAGGGGGCAGUGUGGAGCGGGUCCAUGUGUAUUUUAUUUCUAGUUUCAUGAGAAAGUCUUUCUUACCCAGCUUUUUACUUUCCCCUUUGAAAAUAUUCCACAGUGCAGAAAUACAUGUGAAAAGGGGAUCACACUUGACUGCUGUGAGAAUUGUGGGGAACAGCUUCUUGCUUAGACCCAUGGAAAUCUGUUGGUGCUUGCUCGAUGCUCUGGGGCCUGCAUUGUGCAACAUUCAUCUCUCUUCCUCUUACAUGCUCUGAGAAGUCCGAAGCGACACUGAGCCCUGCCAGCUGCAUUGUGGCUGGCCGCUCACCGCACCCUGUUCGCAGCACCUGGGGCUCCCACCAUGCGUGCUUGCUUACUGUGAGAGAAAAACUUCAAUUAUUGCCUCUGUGUGGGCCACGAAGAGCGGCUCUUUAGGGCAGCAGGGGUCCUGCCCCUCUCAGGAAAUGGCAGAAUAAUGUUUUGAGCAACCUGCAUCUUGCUUUCGUGUUGCCAGCUGCGCCAGCAGCACUGUCCACGAGACGUGCUGGCUCCCUGGGGUCAGUCUGCCUGAGGGGCUCCUGCGCAGCCCGUCACUCGCAGCCCUUGCAUGAUGUUAGGCGUCCAGCCCAAGUGAAUGCAUGCCACGGGGCAGUUUUUAGGUCAGUUUUGUAUAUAAGCAGGCCCUGAGAUAGAUGAGGAGGUGUUUAAGGUCCCAUUUUUGAUUCACAUGCUCUGUGCGUGGCUCCAAAAGGUUGAUCCUGUGUGAGGGCCUGGCCUUUACUUCAGAUGUACACGUUUGGCCACCCAAACAGAUCAGCUGGCCAUCCAGUCCUGAAAUAUCCCUCUUGGAUGUCGUGUGUGUAGGCCAGAUUUGGGCACUUGGCUUGUCUGCCCUGCUCCUUGGCCCCUGGGAUGCGAAGUGCUGUGCGCUCCCUGACCUGAACCAGGCCUUGGGCCUAAAACAAAUCCUGGAGGGCUGUGGGAGAUGUGGCUGCUGGGGGAGGAUUAAGUGUCGUAGGAAGGUGGAGGUGGGGGAAUGUGGAAGUAUUCUAGCAAGAAGACGAUGUUCUGGGGCGUAUGCAGUAGGAAGGCGAGGGUUGGGGGAGUCUUCUGUAGAAAGUGGGUGGCUACAGCCAGCGUAGAUAAGCCUUAGGUAGCAUGUGUACUCGCAUGGGGUGCAUUCUGUGGGUUUGCAUCCCACAAAAAUACAGACCUCUGUCUCACCCAUGCUUGCCCUGGCUUUGCGGGAUGUGCAGGCUGUGCAGUAAACUAAUUUCUGUCAAGUGUGGGUUGAAUAACUUGAACCUCAGACUGCCAGGCCUACAGGUCGUAACCUUACCAUAAUCCAGUAAUCCGUACAUUCAACAGGAUGAAAGAUUGAGAUGAAGCUGGGACUUUUAGAAAUCGGCAGCUGCAAGGAGAAAUCUAUGUUUUCCUUUUUUUAUUAUAGAAAAGAAGACUGCAGCAGUGAAAAGCAAAGAGUAUAUUUCAAAUGAUACCAGUAGAGUAAACCCUGACAAAAAGGAGUCACACAGCAUUUGGCUAUUUGUAAAUGGCAAAGUGACCUAGAGAAAAGGGAAUUGUCAUUACUCUUUCUCAUGAGGUCAGGAUAGUGCAAACAAGGUUACAGCCUGGACAACUUUGUUCUGAUUUCCCAGGGCAAAAUGGGAGAUGAAAGUGGGGGAGAUACCUUGUCUGUCUUGGGGUGGUGCAAGAUACCAGUCUGUGCAGAGCUUGCUCAAUGUAGCAGCUGUCACACUGGAUCAGAUCUAAGGUUCAGCUAGCAAAGUGCUCUGAAUUUAGCUGCGAGAAGAGGAGAGAUUUAGUAACAGAAGCAUUAGAGGCAGCACGAGUCCAGAGGUUAUCCUUCCUUUGGCAUAUCCACCUUGUCUUCUGUUGGAAAACAUCCCUGUACAUCAUGAGAUAAUCGGUGUGAUGCCUUUGGAAAGGUCCUGAGCAAUUGGAACUUGGCGUUGUCGUGCUGACAUCUUAGGUAUGGUACUUCAUGGCUGAUGGGAGCUUUCUGUCAGGUAGAAAUCCUCAGCAGAAGGAAGCAGCUUGGCCAAAAUUGCAUCUUCUGUCUUAGCUUGUCAGCAGGGUCAUGGCAGUUUGCUGCCUUCGUUCCCCUUGGGAAGGGCUGAAGGAACAGGUAUUCUAGAAACCUGCUGGUUUUAUUGUCAAUGAUCAGAGGACCAGGCAAGCUUGUUUUGCUUUAUUCAAACUUAUAAACCUUGCCUCCUCCCCCUUUUACUUCCCUCCCUCUUAAGGCACAUGGGUGGUUUUGUGGUCUCUGUAUCCGGUCCGUGUGUGAUACAGCAUGUGCACUGAGGAAGCAGGACAGAUAAAACAUAGCUCAUAUUUCUGGGAAUCCUUGCCUCACUGCUGAUGGGGAAGUGUUGUGCUCCCAGGCACUGCAGAUAAGAUGCUGGGCUUCUUGUCAUAGCGAAGCACAGGGCUGCCAGCAGUACUUCAUGAUUCGGGAGACCCAAAUCUUCAGCAGCAUGCUGCUUGGUUUCUCUCUAAGUUUGUACACAUCUGACAGCUGCAGAGCCACAUUUUAAGUUGUGAAGUGAGCAAAUUUUGUACUGAUAUCAUGGACCGAGGAUAAGUGACACUGUCAGAAUUGCUCAGGGCAUGUGCAGGGACAAUUUUAGAACCAGCAGAGUCAGACUGGCUGCCUGUCACCUCUGGAGGAAGCUAGGAUUUUAUACUGCUGCAGUGUUUUGCUCAUAGGCAAAUGAAUGGAGCUUGAGGGUUUCUCUGACUUUGAGACUGUGUCUUUAUGAAGGAAACCAUAUGAUGGCCCUCUGCUAAAUGCCUCCUGUUUUAGGUGUUCAUGUGCACAUUUAUCCUGUGUUUGUACCUGAAAGUGCAAGGUGAAGGGAUGCAAAUGGAGUUAACAAACUUAUUCUGAGUGCUUCAGCCUUAGCUUUCAUUUUCCCUCUGCUUUUACCAGGGUGGGGACUAUGCAGUGGAGUGUUGUUAUUUUUUGUUUAAAGAUGUGUGUGUACUCAGAACCAGCAACACCUCUUUCUCCCUCUGCAGACUGGAACUGAGCUCUGGGAAAACAAAAUGGAGCUUGGAGCAUGUGGCCUGAGGAUUACCUUACAAAGCCAGGGGUUGUAGCUAAGAAGUGAGCAGGAUGCCCCCGGGCAUUUACUGCCCUAUGGAAUUCUGGUCCAAGGGGGAAAACCAGAACAUCCAGGUGGACUUUCUGCUGCCCACAGGCAUAUACUUGAACCUCUCUGUGUCCUGCAAUGCCAGCUUGGGCACCAUCAAGCAGGUGGUGUGGAAGCAUGCUCAGUAUGAGCCGCUCUACCACAUGCUCAGUGACCCCGAGGCCUACGUCUUCACAUGCAUCAACCAGACAGCCGAGCAGCAAGAGCUGGAGGAUGAGCAGCGGCGGCUUUGUGACAUCCAGCCCUUCCUACCGGUACUGCGGCUUGUGGCUCGAGAAGGCGACAGAGUCAAGAAGGUUAUUAACUCCCAAAUCAGCCUGCUCAUUGGGAAAGGUUUGCAUGAGUUUGAUUCCAUGCAGGAUCCAGAGGUGAAUGAUUUCCGCACCAAAAUGUGCCAGUUCUGCGAGGAGAGAGCAGCAAAGCGGCAGCAGCUCAGCUGGGCAGCUUGGAUGGAGUACAACUUUCCCUUGCAGCUGGAGCCCAUGGCCAAAGGCUUUGGGACUGGACUCCUGCACACCCCCACCAAGAACAUUUUUGUCAACGUCAAGUUUCAGUCUGGUGGGGAGAGCUUCACUUUCCAGAUCGCCCCAGAUGAGUUCCCCAUCACGUUAAUGAGCUAUGCUAUCAAGAAGCAGGCUACCGUCUUCCGCCAUGAGACAAUGGAGAGCCCGGAGGACUAUACCCUGCAGGUGAACGGGAAGUACGAAUAUCUAUAUGGAAACUACCCCCUGUACCAGUUCCAGUAUAUUCGCAGCUGCCUGCACCGAGGCCUAACGCCCCACCUGACCAUGGUACACUCGUCCACUAUCAUUGCUAUGAGAGAUGAGCAGAUCAACUGCAUUGCCAACACCCCAAAGAUGUCUCCAAAGCCUCCCCCGCUCCCCAAGAAAAAGCCAAACUACAGUUCUCUCUGGUCCUUAGAGCAGCCUUUCUACAUUGAGCUGGUGCAAGGCAGCAAGGUCAAUGCAGACGAGAGAAUGAAGCUGGUGGUGCAGGCAGGUCUCUUUCACGGCAAUGAGAUGCUGUGCAAAAUGGUGUCAAGCUCUGAAGUGAACGUGUGCUCGGAGCCGGUGUGGAAGCAAAGGCUGGAUUUUGAUAUCAACAUCUGUGAUCUUCCCCGCAUGGCGCGGCUCUGUUUUGCCCUCUAUGCUGUCAUCGAGAAGGCAAAGAAGGCACGCUCCACCAAGAAGAAGUCCAAGAAAGCUGACUGCCCCAUCGCCUGGGUGAAUGUCAUGCUCUUUGACUAUAAGGACCAGCUGAAAACAGGGGAAUGCUGCUUGCACAUGUGGUCCUCCUUUCCAGAUGAGAAAGGUGAACUUCUGAACCCCAUGGGCACAGUACAAUGCAACCCCAACACGGAAAGUGCAGCAUCCUUGGUCAUCUGCUUCCCCAAUGUUGCAUCGCAUCCUGUGUAUUACCCAUCAUUUGAGCAGCUGCUGGAGCUGGGGAGGAAUGGAGAACCACCCCGCACUGCACCAGAAGAUCCGGAGGAGGUGAGUUUCUGGCAUCAACUGUUCGGGUAUGUACAGGCUACUAGCAAGCCUAGUUUCUUAGAUCAAGUCAUGUAUUUCCAUCUUGCCCACAACCAGCUUUUUUUCACCAACCUGGGUCAUUCCCCAGUCCUACAGGGUUUCUCUGAGCUGAGCAAGCCCUUUGGCUUGAGGCUGAGCCCUCUGUAUGCUCUUUUCUGUGAUUCCCAUGAGCAGAAGCUGCAACUGAAGGAGAUACUGGAGCGGAGGAGCCACACUGAGCUCUAUGAACAUGAGAAAGACCUGGUGUGGAAGAUGAGAUAUGAUAUCCGUGACCAGUACCCACAAGCUUUGGCAAAGCUCCUUAUCAUCACCAAAUGGAACAAGCAUGAAGAUGUUGCCCAGAUGAUUUCCCUGCUUCAGACCUGGCCAGAGCUGCCUGUCCUGAAUGCCUUGGAGCUGCUGGAUUUUAGCUUCCCUGACCGUUAUGUUGGCUCCUUUGCUAUCAACUCAUUAAAGAAGCUGACGGAUCACGAAUUGUUCCAAUAUCUGCUGCAGCUUGUCCAGGUGCUCAAGUAUGAAUCCUACUUAGACUGUGAAUUAACCAAGUUCUUGCUGGAUAGGGCAUUAUCCAACCGUAAGAUAGGCCACUUCCUGUUCUGGCAUCUCAGGUCAGAAAUGCAUGUCCCUGCAGUUGCCUUGAGGUUUGGCUUGAUCCUGGAAGCAUAUUGCAGAGGCAGCACCCAUCAUAUAAAAGUUUUGAUGAAACAGGGAGAAGCACUCAACAAGAUGAAAGCUCUGAAUGACUUUGUUAAAGUGAGUUCUCAGAAGGCCACCAAGCCUCAAACCAAAGAGAUGAUGCAUGUGUGCAUGAAGCAGGAAACUUAUCUUGAAGCACUUUCCCACCUCCAGUCUCCCCUGAAUCCCAGCAUUAUCCUCGCUGAAGUUUGUGUGGAUCAGUGCACCUUUAUGGACUCCAAAAUGAAACCUUUAUGGAUUGUUUUUAAUAAUGAAGAGACAGGUGGAGUGGGUAUCAUUUUUAAAAAUGGAGAUGAUCUUCGUCAGGACAUGCUGACUCUGCAGAUGAUCCAGCUGAUGGAUGUUCUGUGGAAGCAGGAGGGCCUGGACCUGAGGAUGACCCCUUAUGGCUGCCUCUCCACAGGAGACAAAACUGGGCUGAUAGAAGUAGUCAUGCAUUCAGAUACCAUUGCUAACAUCCAGCUGAACAAGAGCAACAUGGUGGCCACUGCAGCCUUCAACAAGGAUGCACUGCUCAACUGGCUAAAAUCCAAGAACCCAGGUGACGCAUUAGAACAAGCUAUAGAAGAGUUCACUCUCUCCUGUGCUGGCUACUGCGUGGCAACAUACGUGCUGGGGAUAGGUGACCGGCACAGCGAUAACAUCAUGAUCCGGGAAACUGGCCAGCUGUUCCAUAUUGAUUUUGGUCACUUUUUGGGGAACUUCAAAACCAAAUUUGGUAUUAAUAGAGAACGAGUUCCUUUCAUCUUAACAUAUGACUUCGUGCAUGUCAUCCAACAAGGAAAAACUAACAACAAUGAGAAGUUUGAAAGAUUCAGAGGUUAUUGUGAAAAAGCCUAUAUGAUUCUGAGGCGCCAUGGUCUUCUCUUCUUGCACUUGUUUGCACUGAUGAAAGCUGCUGGCCUGCCAGAACUCAGCUGCUCUAAAGACAUUCAGUAUCUAAAGGAUUCCCUAGCUCUCGGCAAAACGGACGAGGAGGCACUAAAGCACUUCAGACUAAAGUUUAAUGAAGCCCUGCGAGAGAGCUGGAAAACCAAAGUGAACUGGCUAGCACACAACGUAUCCAAAGAUAACAGACAGUAGAGCAACUGAGUCAGGCUGCACACUUGCUCCGAGAGAAUGUAAUGCCACUUGCACUGAAUCCAGCCAUUGUAGACUGUUUUAUAAAGACUGAUGAAUGUUGCUGUGUUCAAGAUUCCUCACCUGCAUUCCCGGAGGUCACACUUUUCUGCAUGACUGAAGAUUGUUGGACUGUCGUCAGCUGCCUAAUCAUGCCUGCUCUAGAUCUUUGGGGGACAAGGGGCAGGCAUGAGGCAAUAAAAUUACUGCACACAGUGAAAGGUAGGUAGAUGUACUGUAUCCUUAAGAACUUGUUAAGCUUCAAAUACAUCUUCUAAUGGAAGAGUUCAGGCUGUCGUAACAUCCUUUAAAGUCAUUAAGUGGGCUAACGUGUCUAUUUUCUUGACAAUUCAGCUGAACACUGAAAAGCUACUAUCCUAUAGCUCUUAUAUUAUAGCUGUUCUUGUAGGCCCCUACCAUUACAGCUCAGAGGCUUUAACUCACUACGUGAUCACUCCUUCUAGCCUGUUUCAGUGUGCAGCAAGGUAGGUCAGUCUAAAUCACCUCUGAAACCUACUUGGGUGAAUUGUUUUACUCUGCAGUGUGACAGGGAAAAAUAUCCAUACUAUUGUUUUACUAUCUCUCUGCUUCAGAAGCCAAAGUGUUCUGAAAUGGAACUGGAGUCCACCUAUUGCUGUCUAAAAGCUAAUGCCACAAGAACAGGCGUGGGUCAGCCUAAUGUGGGUUAGGUACAUUUGUUUGCUUUCCUAAAUCAGACUUCAGUUCAACCUCAAGUCGCUCCUGGAUUUCUGUGUUUUUUCUGUUUUUAAGCCUGAAAACAUUAAGAUUGCAUUUUUAAAAUUGGCAAGUAAUUGGUUGCUACAUGUACCUCCUGUUGGGGUACAUUAGAGCUAGUUUGCCACCCGGCUUCCCUCUACUGCAUGCAUGCAGGGCGCUGGCCUACACCUACGUUAAUCACUAGGAUACAACACUGUAAUCCAGUGUCAGCUGGGACAGAUGGCACCAUUCUGUGCUUAAGUUAUUUGGCCAGUCUGCCUUCCUGUGUAACGAUAGAGAAGUGCCAGAUGAGCGGGUUUAACACUGAAAAAUUACUUACAAUAAGUUGCAUCUCAAUUCAUCUUACAAAUUUGUUCUUUGUUCUUUUCCAACAUACAUCCUGCUCUCAACUAAGGUACAUGACUUUUUGUCUGUUAUUAGAGCUGGGGUGCAAAGACUCUGUCUGCACGGGGUGGUGCAGCCAAAGAGCAAGGUGCAGCCGUCUGUGCUGGUACCUACAGCUGGACAAACUGUUCCAGCCUUCUCCUGCUCUCACUGCUGCCUACGUCUCUUUCCCAAGUGGAAUCUCCUCUCCCACAAGGUGCUGUUGUUAAUCAUGUAUUUCUACUCCUGUGUCAUAUUUUUGUUUCCAGCUAGCGUCCUCACCUGGUGGGCAGUUCUGAGCACUGGUGUUGCAAAGGGACAGAUGAACAAGAGCCACUGCUGUCCCUCUGUGCCUCACAUGAGCACAGUGAGGUGCAUCAAGCAGGCUGCAGCCUAUGGGUCAUGCUGGAAGAUAAGUGAAGUAGUCUGGUUAGUAUCUGCUUCCUUUAGCAGUUCCCUGAGGUGCUUUCUUUCCAUUUCCCUGUGUUCUCCACAAUAUCAUGUUCCUAUGAAGGUGCUAUCAUUCCUACCUGUUAAGGAAUGACAAAGUCAUUCCAUUUUCAAGACAUCACUAAAGCUGAAUCAGAUCUUUGAUUGUAUGCCCUUAACUAGGUUUAACAAUGCUAGAUGAUCUUUCAAGGUCCCUUCCAAUCCCUAACAUUCUGUGAUUCUGUGAAAUACAGGCAUUUCAUAUUGUGUUUCCUAAGUGACAAGAAAUCCAAGUACUGUCAAACAAUGGUCUACUCUCAUAUAAAUUUAGUUUCCAUGCCUGGUUUGAAUUAUUUUGCCUAAAACUUACACAAAAACAGCCAGUUUCAGACAGAGUCUGAAUUGAACUGUUUAUUCUUAGUAGAUCUUCCCCGUUAUGGGGUAAAUUUGAUUCAUUAUUGUUUUUGCAUCCAGCAUCUAGGUACAACUCAUUCUUGACUUUUAGCUCUUUUUAAAACCAGGUACUCCUAGUACUUCAAAACAAACAAAAUGCUUCCAGGUAAUGCUAAGUCCAUUGUUUUUUAAAAAGCACAAGUUCAAACAUAUUUUUCAUAAGCUGCAUAACUAAUUUAAUACUUCCUUAAAGUAACUUCUACCUCUGUAGAAAGUACAAGUAGAUAUUAUGAUGUUUAGUAUGCAUGAAACAACUUUAAUUAAAAAAAACCACCUUUCUUCAUUGCUUUUAUAUACAAACAGAUGAUACCAGAUGAUUGAUUAAAUGUAACAUUGUGGCUCAUUUAAAUUGUUUUACGGACUUAAGGUUUCUUUUCAUGCUAUGAAGUCUAUUCUAUACUGUUAUAUAUAUAUAUAUAUAUAUAUAUAUAUGUGUGUGGUAUAAACCAGGUUGCUUCUCAUACAGCACCUGUUUCCAGAAGCAGCAGUUACACAGCAGACAACUGCUUUUAACUUGACACGAUCCUCACUGAUCCCCGUUUAUUACACCUUUCAAAUGAUGCUGUAUGUAACUGAGAUUUGGCAGAACAUUUCAAGAUAGAAUGGUAUGUGCCCUUGUAAUUGACCCAAACUAUUUAUUACACAACCCUCUCUAACAGUUUUUCAGCAUAUUAAGUAAUAUUGAAAGCUUGUUUGCAGCUACAAAAAGCAACUGUUGUGCUGUACUUUCUCUAUGUUACAGACCCUAGUUAGUUAGCUAGAACCUAAAGCCAGGCUUUGUAUCAGCCCAUAGCUAUGCAUUUGACUUAGAACACUAGGAAAUCAACAUUGGAUAAAUGCGUACAAACUGACCUGACCCUAUCUUGACUGGAGACAACACUCUAGAACUGCUGCUGCUUCUGGAGAUUAGACUAAAAGAAACUUCAAAUGGCCUUUGACUUGUUCUCUGUGAAAGGAAUACUGCCAUACAGUAUAAAUUGCUUUCACUGAUGUGGUUCCCAAGUGUAGUAUAUUCCUCACUGUUUUCUUGAACUGAACAGCAGUCAGUGGUCUCAGGUUUCAAACUAAAUCUUAAAGCAGUGGAUCUAUAUUUGUAAAUAUAGUAUUACAAAGCUGAACUGUUUAACAAAUUAUGAGAGUAAUCCAUCUGACAUGUUUUUAGCUAAUAUUUUAAGUAUUAUAAGGAUACUUUUCCUUUUCAGUGCCAGAUUGUAUAGCCUCUUGCUUCACAGGCUAAAAGGGUUUUAGGUGUCACAAACUAGCAGUAGGGAUACGCUCAUCUCUCUUACACCCACUUAAAAAAUUCAAGUAUCUUAAGGACUUGGACAAACGCAAACAUUUCCACGGGGCAGCAGAUUACGUGUCACAUGCUCUAUUACAACUGACAGCGAGCCUGUGCUUUCACAGGCACAUUUUUCAUUAGGCCACAUCCAAGUUGAGAUGCGCUGCAAUCACAAUGGAAGGGAACAUGCUAAAAAUCUGUAAAUGUACAUGCAAUUCUUUUACAUUGCCAUCAACUGAAAAUCCAGGAUCCCAUCUGUCAUACUGUAGAAAGGCAGUCUUACCUAGCAGGUUCCUUGGUCACUCUUAGGUACUCUGUUCGCAGGCUUGCAGCAGUUCAUACCUGUUUUUACAGAAGUACAAAGCAGCAGUGGCUCAUGUCAUCUGUCCUUCAAUCGUACAAGUGCAAUAAAACAAAGCUGUAUCAACAUAAACUGCUAGAACUGAGCAAUUCCAAAGGUGUUUCUCAAUUCAGCACAGUUUUAGGUAGGUUUUGUAGUCUAGAAAGUUGACUUACCUACAAGUAAGAAUGUCCAUGAGUCAGUGAGUGGACUUCCUCCCUUGUACUCCACUAGAAUAGCAUCUUUAAUGAAAUUCCGAUGGCUGUAUUGGGUCAGCAAAGAGGCUUUUGUCUCAAAUUGACAAAACAGCAGCUCACCUGAUACUUCCCAGCAAGUUGAAUUGUACCGAGGAUUAAAACUUAAAGUUACUUUGAAAAAUGUUACAUUUCACUGUAAAUAAGUAACUUCUGAUUUUAUAAAUAUGCUCAAAGUGAUACCCCUUUCUACUUGUAUUUAUUUAGAGAUGUUUUUGUGAUUUUUUUUUUUAACUGUACAAACAGACUGUGCUUAUUCUGUUGCCUUU